AUGCCCCAGCAUCCGGGCCUCCCAUAUCUGACUGCAGCACUUCCAGCCAUUCUCUCUUCAGAGAACUUGACGGCCUUUGUCCGCGCCAUUCUCAACCCCGUCGAUGCCCGUAUCCCCAAAGUCGAUUGCCCCCGUCCCAAUGCGGCGCGAUACGCUCAUCUCCAGGCCACGACAGGUUCAGGUCCAUCGCCUUCGCUACCUCGCUAUUUCUUCGCGCUCAACCUCCGCAACUGCCUCUCUCUCCUCCCGCAGCUCCUCGGGAGCAUUCUCGAAGCAAUCCGUUUCCUCGGCCCCGCGCACUGCGCCCUCUCCAUCGUCGAAGGCAACUCCCCCGAUGGCACUGCCGAAGUCAUUGCUGCCCUCGAGCCCGAGCUUGCUAGAUUGGGUAUCCAAACCUACUUCACCCUCCAUAAUACGAUCGACCCGCUCGCCGAGGGCAACGACCGCUUCUCGUCGCUCGCUACGCUACGGAACCUGGCCCUCGCGCCGCUCCUUAGAGGCGGCGCCGCCUCUACAGGCCCUCCUUCUACCAACACCGCCGCCACACACAAUGGAGACAACGACGACGCGCCUACCACCGUGCUCUUCAUCAACGACGUGGCCAUCUGCGCCGACGACAUCCUCGAGCUGGCGCACCAGCGCGCGCGGCAGGGCGCCGACAUGGCCUGCGCGCUGGACUGGACGGGCGCCGAUCCGGCCAUCUUCUACGACGUGUACGUGGCGCGCGCCAUCAACGGCGACCUCUUCUUCGACGUGCCCCCGGACACGGUCAGCUGGGCGCGCGCGGCGGAUCUCUUCUGGAACGAGCCGGUCGCGCGGGCCCGCCUGGCGCGCCGCGCGCCGUUCCAGGUGUUUACCUGCUGGAACGGCGCCGUCGCCUUCUCCGCGCGGCCGCUGCUCGAGCGCAAGGUCGCGUUCCGCGCGGCGCGCGCCGACCGCGGCGAGUGCCACCAGGGCGAGCCGCAGCUCUUUUGCAAGGAUCUUUGGUUUCAUGGGUACGGCAAGAUCAUGGUCGUCCCGAGCGUCAAUCUGGAGUACUCGGUCGAGAGGGGGCGGGAAAUCAAGAAGCUUAAGGGGUUUGCUUCGCAGGCGGCUGCCGAAGAGGACGACGAUUUCAGGAUUGAGUGGCUGCCGCCACCAGACCUGGUCAAGUGCAUGCCAACUUUUAAUGAUCAAACUUGGCGACCUUGGAACGAGACACUGGUUUAA